CCAGUGGCUGGGCACUCGCAACCAAGGGCGCUCGCGGCGCCCGCUCUCUGGGCAGAGGGUGGGGAGGAAGCCGACGAGGCCCUGGGUUUCUCCGAAAGUUUCGGGUGAAUCCAUCUUCCUGGAGGUCUGCCUUUCGGCGGCGUGUGUUUCCCGAGAGGGGGCCUCCUGCGCCGCCCCCCUCCCCCUGGCACUAAACGAUUGAAGACUUGCGCACGGGGCUUCCUCCCCAGCUCAGUCUCCUCCCCACGCGCCCCCUCUGCGCGGUGCUGGCCAGCGUUGGGCUACGUCCCCGUACUGCCCCCCACCCGCGCACGAGCCGCUGCUCGCUGCAGGCUGCGGGGAACUGCGCCCUCCGUGCUCCCGCCUCGCCCCGUGCUUCCAGCGCUCGGACCAUGGAGUAGGCGGGCGACCCCGCGACGCGCUCCUGCAGCCGGCGAGGCCGAGCCAGCCCGGGUAGCCUCGCCAGCCGGCGGAGUUGGCCAGCGGCGGGCCCUCCUCCCGCCGGUCCGUCCCUGCUCCUCCUUCUCCUCCUCCUCGGCCGCCGCCGCCCCCGCCUCCCGGCCGCCCCCACCGCCCCCGCCGCGCCGCCGCCCGAGGCCAAGCGCGGACGCCGAGCGUGGGAGCCAUGGCGCGCGAAGAGGAGAGGGACCCUGAGCGCCGGGAGGUGGCGGCGCGGGCCCGAGGCGAGGAGGAGGAGGAGGAGGGAGAGGAGGGACUGAGCGAUAGCGACGACGAGGACCAAAACGAGAAGACCGGCAGCGGCGAGGAAGAGGAAAAAGAGGCGGCGGCGGCCGAGCGGGAGCGCAGCGAGGACGCGCGGCUGCAGAGCACAGGACUGCUUCCCGCCGCGUUACCCGCCGCGGCCGCCCGCGACCGGAGCGGCCGCCGUUCGCCGGGGCCCCCUCCGGGGCCGCUGCCCUGCCUCCCGAGGAUGCCGUCGCCCGAGGAGGAGGAUCGCGAGCGUCGCCGGAGUCGCCGGAGGGACCUUCUGCUGAGCCAGCUCUGCUUCCUGGCCUUGGUGGCGCUGCUGGUCUGGUCGCUGUCGAACAUGCAAGAGCAUAAUGACCUUGACUUCGUGGACCUCAUGGGGGAAGACAGACAGUGGAGAGUGGGGAGGAAGUUAAUGCAGGUGAAUGACACUCUGACUUCAGAAGACGCAGGACUCCAGAGCAGCAAGAACUGCACUGAGCCAGCCCUGCAUGAAUUCCCUGAUGACAUCUUCACCAACGAGGACAGAAGACAGGGAGCAGUGGUUCUCCAUGUGCUCUGUGCCAUGUACAUGUUCUAUGCGCUCGCCAUUGUGUGUGAUGACUUCUUCGUCCCCUCCUUGGAAAAGAUCUGUGAGCGCCUGCACCUCAGUGAAGAUGUGGCUGGGGCCACGUUCAUGGCAGCGGGCAGUUCGGCCCCAGAGCUGUUCACAUCUGUCAUAGGAGUCUUUAUCACCAAGGGCGACGUGGGAGUUGGCACCAUCGUGGGUUCAGCGGUGUUCAAUAUCCUGUGCAUCAUCGGAGUCUGCGGGCUCUUCGCUGGGCAGGUUGUGGCUCUAUCCUCCUGGUGCCUGCUGAGGGAUUCGAUUUACUACACGCUGUCUGUGGUCGCACUCAUCGUGUUCAUUUAUGAUGAGCAAGUUUCUUGGUGGGAGUCUUUAGUCCUUGUGCUGAUGUAUCUUAUCUACAUUGUCAUCAUGAAAUAUAAUGCUUGCAUACAUCAGUGCUUUGAAAGGAGGACAAAAGGUGCUGGAAACAUGGUUAACGGCUUGGCCAACAAUGCUGAAAUUGAUGACAGCAGCAACUGUGACGCAACUGUGGUGCUACUCAAGAAAGCCAAUUUCCACCGCAAAGCGUCAGUGAUCAUGGUAGAUGAGCUGCUGUCGGCCUACCCACACCAGCUUUCUUUCUCUGAGGCUGGCCUCCGAAUCAUGAUCACCAGCCACUUUCCCCCCAAGACCCGACUCUCCAUGGCCAGUCGCAUGUUGAUCAAUGAGAGACAAAGACUGAUAAAUAGCAGGGCUUAUGCCAAUGGAGAAUCUGAGGUGGCCAUCAAAAUCCCAAUUAAACACACCGUGGAGAAUGGGACAGGGCCCAGCAGUGCCCCAGACAGGGGCGUGAACGGGACUCGGAGGGAUGAUGUUGUUGCCGACGUUGGCAACGAGACAGAAAAUGAGAAUGAGGACAAUGAGAACAACGAGAAUGAUGAGGAAGAGGAGGAUGAGGAGGAGGACGAAGGACCAUACACACCAUUCGACCCCCCCUCUGGCAAACUGGAAACAGUGAAAUGGGCAUUCACCUGGCCCCUGAGUUUUGUUUUAUACUUCACUGUACCCAACUGCAACAAGCCCCGCUGGGAAAAGUGGUUCAUGGUGACAUUUGCUUCCUCCACGCUAUGGAUCGCAGCAUUUUCCUACAUGAUGGUAUGGAUGGUCACGAUCGUUGGUUACACGCUGGGGAUUCCUGAUGUCAUCAUGGGGAUCACCUUCCUGGCAGCCGGGACCAGCGUGCCAGACUGCAUGGCCAGCCUCAUUGUGGCCAGACAAGGCAUGGGGGACAUGGCUGUGUCCAACUCCAUUGGGAGCAAUGUGUUUGACAUCCUUAUCGGUCUUGGUCUACCCUGGGCCCUGCAGACCCUGGCUGUGGAUUAUGGAUCCUACAUUCGGCUGAACAGCAGGGGACUGAUCUACUCCGUGGGCCUGCUCCUGGCCUCUGUCUUUGUCACGGUGUUUGGCGUUCACCUGAACAAGUGGCAGCUGGACAAGAAGCUCGGGUGCGGGUGCCUUUUCCUAUACGGCGUGUUCCUGUGCUUCUCCAUCAUGACAGAGUUCAAUGUGUUCACCUUCGUGAACUUGCCCAUGUGUGGGGAGCACUGAUCUACUGGGCAGCCUGCCCAGGCUCAGUUCCUUCUUCUCUGUGCAAUACAAGACCCGGCCACACUUCGAGUCACUCGGGACCCCAAGGCCGGGCGUCCUGUCUGUCUCUCCCACGCUGUUCACAGGCCUCCGCUCCUGCCUCGGUGGCCCAGGCCCUCCCUGCCCCUUCCCUCGCUCCUCCUCCUCCUUGGGUCCUACCUGCCACCCAGCCCUUCUUGCUGCCCCCUUCCUGCCUCCUCCUUAUGAAGACUUUGAACAUCCGCGUGAAUUUUCAAGCUCCAUUUGGAACAGUGACUGAGAUUCUAGAAAAACUGGCUGCUAACUGGCCCAAGCCAGGCAAAACUUAUUAUAAUCCCUCCUCCUUUUUUAAGUUAUUGGAUGGAAGACUCAUCUAAUUUAUGACCUGAGACUGUCGAAGAGAUAGCAAAGAGAGGGUACAUUGAUGAUAUAAGGAGUGUUUGCGAUUUUGUUAUGUUUUGAGGUGAUUCCUAGGUUUCUGGGUUUGGGGAGUUGUUUCACUUUGGGUGUUCCCCUUUUUACUCCUUUUCUUCUGGAGAUCGAGAGCUUCUCUUGCAACUUCUUUCACUGGGCUCUGGUUAGUCGAUGAUCCACAGGUUGUCCUUGCCGUGUCUUGGGAUCAAAUCCCAGGCACAUUGGAGCAUACAUGGAUCUAGUGCUUACCACCAGGUACAGAUGCAUGGCAUUUUAUACCUAAGGAUGCCCCCCACCACAGUCCUAUAGGCUUUACCUAGGGUGUGUAAGGUUUUCUGAGGAAGAAGACAGCUUCCUACACGUCCAUUGUGACCUUCACUUUCUCACUAGGUUCUUUCUAGUUUCUCAAGCAAUAGUUCUAGCCUUCCUGAAGCCUUUGACGAGGGGCCCUGGUUAAACAUCUAUCCAUGAGGUGGCCGCAGUCAGCGGCAGAAGUUUCCCAACCUGUGAGUCCCUGAGAUGUGCUCUCAUUGCUUGACACUUGGGGUGACAGGGAGUGACCCAGAGGCCGCCACUGCUUUUCAUGCAGGAGUUACAGACACUGGUUUCUUGGAAAAUGGAAAGAAGCGCACUUUGCACAGACAUCGUCAAUAAAGUCCCAAUUUGCCACUCGGUAUUGUGUACACUGGACCCUGACAGCUGGCUCUUGGGCCUUCCUCCAGGUCGCAGAGACCAAGCUGUCCCAGCUCCACCCAUUCCCUCUUGGAGGGAUAAGCAAGAGAAGGAGAAAACGGAACUGACACCUUUGAAACCACAGAAUGUGUUAAAUUGCAGACUUGAUCAAGGGCAUAAAUUAUUGUGAACGUUGUUGCCAAUCACUGCUCAACAGCCCUGCUAGAUUUUGUAUGAUGCUGAAUUAUUAUGCAGACUAAUUCCACCAGUUGAGACCCACCAUGCUUGUUACACUUGUAUUUAUUGAAACUGUGGAUUCUUGCCCGUGCUCCCCUUGUAUUUACUUUAAGCACUGAUCACUUAUAAUUCGUUCGGUAUGGUUUUCCCUGCCCCUUGUACACAUUCUGGUAUGAAUUAUAAAAAUAACCUGAUACAAAUUGGUUGAAUAUUUCUGUUGAGGGUGUGAAACGAGGCCAGCAUCAGCCAGUGAGGCACCUGCCUGAUGGAGGACCAGGAGAGGUAAUCACCAAUUUGGGCUCUCAGAGCUAAGAUACACUUACUGAUUCUGUUGCACAUUUUGCACUGGUUUAUGGCGAUUGUUUUCUUGGACAGAUAGUGUAAAAUAAACUUCUCUGUUCUGUAUCCUC